AUGCCGUUUGAAUUCCUCGCAGACGUGCGGCCCAAUUCAGCCUUGAACGUCCCCAUGCAAUCUCUGAAGAUCGGAUGCUUCACGGUUGAGGGAGACCAGCCUUCAAAAGUAGGAUGGAAGUUCAAGGUUGUCUUCAGCAAGAAGCGGUUCAUGUACGAGUUCGAGAAAUCUUCGGUGCCGGACGACUGUGGGUCGCGCUCGACCUGCGUCAUUGUCCCAUUCCAGGCGGUGUUCGCACUUCGUUGCGAGAAAGACCACGUAACCCUGCAGAUGGAGUUUGUGCCGGUCAUGUUCCUGGGACGGCGAAAGAACGAGGACAGGCCAAGCAGUGUGACCAUGCUGGCUAACUUGGCCAUGCACCUGGAUUACUAUCCCGUCCACAAGGUGCAGCUGAGCGCGGAGGACGUGGACCGGGUGAAGAGGAGACUGUGGGACUACAGUCCGCGGUUCCAGGAUCUCAUGCGACGGCCCAUCUCCAGCGAGGACACCAAGCUGCAGCACCCGCUGCCCCCGUACGGCGCCUUGGCCCGGGCGGCCAUGCGAGGGGCGGAGAUGGGAACGGACGCAGCGGGCGGGAAGGUGCAGCAGGCGGGUCGUCGCCGCACCAUCAGGUACGAACCGGACACGACGCUCGUGCAGCAGGCCGCGGUGGUGACCGCGGGGACCAUCUGCUCCUGCCGCUUCAACUGCCGCGGGAUGCGAUGCCCGUGCGUGAGGGCGCGCAGGCACUGCGAGCCCGGUCGGUGCGGGUGCGUCGCCUGCGACAACCCGCUCAACUUCCUGUCUUCAGUGGGCAUCGAGCUGGAUCGUGCUCGCGAGGAUGCUUGCCUCAUGCAGGCCGUCUACAAGGUGGGCGACCUGGCGGCAUACCUACGCCAGCAGGUCCGCCUCAACUGCUGCUCGGAGACCGUGACGGUGCGAGACUGCAUCCCGGGUCCGAUCAAGUGCCCGCGCUGCGCCGCGCCGGCCGAGUUCUCCUGGUGCGCCGACACGCUCUUCCACGGACCGACCAACCACUGCUCCAAGUGCAUGCGCUGCAACCUUUUCGCCGGGGCACACUGCAAGAAGUGCAAUUCCUGCUACUACUUCGGCCUGGGAAGCAACGGCUGCCCCAAGUGCGAACCCUCAGAGCAGACUCCUGCCGAAGGUCCGGACCUGUCGAAGACGGAGGCUAUCCUGGCGCAGUGUGCAUUCCCCGCACAGCUUCGGCCCUCGCGGGUUCAGCGCUCGGGCCCCAGACCCCUGCUGCCCAAGCCCGCGCAAGCCCCACAACAGCAGCUGCUGGCCCCGUCUCCCGGAGUCGCCAAGACGGCGCACGCAGAGGACUCCGUGGAACUGCUCGACUGCCAAGACGAUGCGGGGCUGAGGUCGACCGACACGGAGGCGACACUGCCCACCUCUCCAGAGCUCCAAGAGCACCAGCAAGUCGACAUUGACGUCGAAGAAGACGAUAUCUGCCAAGCGAGCAGUCGGAGUUCCACUUGAAACCACCUUUCCCCGCAAGACGCUAUCACAGCUGCCUUUGAGAUCAACUACUAAGUAAAAACAAAAAUGCCUUCAACCCUAAAUUUUUUUUUUUGGC